UGCCACGCCCCCUGGCAGCAGUGGGUGGAGGAGUAGUUACGCGGGGACGGGAUAGAAUUCGAGUUCGAACGGACACCGCGAGGCUGCUGGAGCCGAACCGAUUGUAGCGUCACUUCCUACAGUCAGGUUGACUCCCUCCUGAAGUUUUUAUCCGGGAAUGUUGCAAAUCAGGAGGAUCUCUAAGUACAGUCUGUAGAAAGAUGCCAGCAGGAGAAAGUGAAGCCAAGGCAAAGACAAAAGCUCAGUUUGAAGAAGUGUUAAAAAACUACUCUGGUUUAACUGUUGGGAAAAAGAAAUCAAAAAAGAGCAUACCUACCCAAGAAAAUAUUGUGCUUGAAAAAUUGAGGAAUAAACUUAGUCUACACAAGGACAAUGAAGAUGACGAAACUAUUCUGAAUAACACUUAUAACCCAGAGGAGCAAAGUCCCCGCUUCUCAAAAAACAAAUUGAAUGACAGGACCUCUGUGGCUGAAAAAAUUAGCAAUGUUGAGUUUUUUGAAGAUGAAACCCCAGCCAAAAACAAGAAGAAAAAGAAAAAAGUGGGUGAACAUUCAUUUAUUGAGGAGGUUCCUCGUCCAGACUGUGUAUCAAUCCUGCAAAAAUCCAGAGAAAAGAGGUCAAGAAGUGCCUAUGGAGAGGAAUACCAUACUGAAAUUGUGAAAAAGAAUGAUAUAGGAGAGGAUGUAGAUACCCUAAUCCAAGCUUAUCAGCAGGCUAUUGCUGUCAAAGAUGCAGGAGGUGUCAAAAAGAAAUCCAAGCAAGUUGAGGCGCAUUCAGUAAAAACAUUUUCACACGUGUCUUCAAAAUUAGCCAAGAAACUGGAUAAGAUGAAAACACUGAAAGAGUCAGCAUCAGUGGAGGGAGAAACGAGUGAAAUGCACCUUUCAGAGCUACAGGAUGAAAUUGAUGGUAGAGAAAAGAACAUUCCUCACAGAAAAUUGAUUUCUGAAGUAGAAGAGAUAAAAAAUGAAGAAAAAGAGAGACGUAAGCAAGAGAAGAAACAACAAAGACCAAAAAGAAAACGAACCAAGAAAAUUAAAAAAGUGACAGAGGAAAUAGAGUCAAAAGAAGAGAUAAUGCAUGAGACAGCUCCAGGGCUAGAGACUGCACCUCAGCAGCAGAAGCCAAAGUACGUGACUGAUGACGAUCUUGUCCUUGGUGUAUAUAUCCACAGAGCAGACCUAUUAAAAACAGAUAUUCUGACAUCCCAUCCCUCAGUGAAAGUUCAUGUUAUUGACGAAGUGUCAGGGCAAUAUGUAAAGAAAGAACAUAGGAAUCGACCUGUCACUUCAUAUUAUGAGCAAGAGAACGUGGAACACAUCCUUCCCAUCAUAACACAGCCGUACGAUUUUCGGAAAAAAAAAUCAGCAAUUCCAGCCUGGGAGGAACAAAUUAUAUUCAAUGAGCGAUUUGGUUACUUUCUUCAUGAAUUCAUGGAUUCACCUUCUAGUCUUCUGUUCUUUGAGAUCCUUGAAUUUGUAAGUAUGGAUGAAGCCAAAGCCAACUACGCAACUCAAAGUAGUGAAGGAGGUUGGCGAAAAAUAGCUUGGGCAUUUCUAAAGCUGGUGGGUGCUAAUGGAGUGUUGAAUAUUGAUCGAAAACUGCGCCUGCAGUUAUAUUAUCCACCUGUAAAAGUCAAGAAGCUGUCCAAUUCCAUCGAUGUGUUUGAAUGGUGGAAGAAACGCCCUUGGAGUCAAUACCCUUCAACUUUAUACGUUACAGUGAAAGGUUUAAGGCUACCUCAAAAUGUAAAUCCUUCUGUACGUUCUAUGAUGGCUAUUCAACGAGAGCAAGGCACUAUUUCAUAUAGUGAUCUUCAAACGGAGUUGGUACAAGGAGCUGUUUCAUCAACUCUAGAAUACCAGAAGUUGGAUCUUUUGAAGUGGACUAGACUACCUGGACAGGUUUGUCGUAUUCCAAACAAGCUCUUGCUGUCAUUUCGAGGGGGACAGACAGGAUGCUACUUCAUACAAUUUUCUCAUGAUGGGAGAAGUUUGGCAGCAUCAUGUGCUGACCGAAGUGGUCAUUUUAUUGUAGGUGAGAAUUAUCAAAAGUGA